ACUUUUGGAAGUCAGUAACAAAAUAAUUGCAGUACCGCUGGUGGCGAGAUAAACAUUUCAGAUGUUAAAAAUGAUUAGGAUUGAACUUGUUGAUUUGGCUGAUGAUGUAACAUUCUCGACCAAAAUAAUAAAAACAAUUUUUAUUCCGGACCUUUUUCAUAUAAUAGUGGUUCUCUGGUGUGUAUUCGUAUUGUUUUAUCUCCGAACUCAAAUUUAUGGAUUAUGUUACUAUGUGAUAUUUAAAAGAUAGAAUGGCUAAAAUAUGAGUUGAAUUUUUUUUAUAUAGUGUUGUUAUUUAACUGUAAUUUAUUUAAUAUAUAGAAUGUUUUAGUUUGUUUUUCUUAAACUGUUCACUAACAAAACAAUGCAAUUUUUAAAGUAUGUUAGCUUAAAUGCACAGUAAUUUUCUAUGUGUACUAAGAGAAAAUCUCAAACUCAAAUUAAUGGAUUAUGUUACUUUGUGAUAUUUGAAAGAUGGGAUGACUAAAGAUGUGUUGAAGUUUUUUUUUCUGUAUAUUACUGUGAUUUGUUUAUUGUAAUUUAUUUGUUAUAUAGAAUGUUUUAGUUUUCUUUUCUUUUUAAAAAUGUUCAAUUACCAAAUAAUGUGAUUUAAAAGUAUAUUAGCUGAAUUUUUAUUAGUUUAUUGAUAAUUAAUAUUUUAGUUACACCUAAAUGAUACAAUAUACUAUUAAUUUAUCAAUUUUAGACUUCAUUUUACAACACUUACAUAUGUAACUGAUUUAUAUAUUUUAGUAUGUUGUUAAUAAAAUAGAACGUUUUACUUUGACUUUUAAAUUACUUCACAAACAGAUCUAAAAAUUCAUAACUUUUUCCAUUCAUUAAACUUACAAAGCGAUAACAAUAAUAUAUAUUACUCUUAGUUAUGUAGCUGCUUCAUAACUGUAGUCGCUGUCUCCGCCUCUGUCCCGAUCAUGGUCAUAGUCAUCGUCAUAGUCAUGAUCCUUACCCAAACAUCAAAACAUUGUUCAUCAGCAACACUUGCUUGUUGUUGCAGUGCUUUCAACAUCUGCUCCCCUUAUGGUACACUGCUGGAGUACGAUCACUUAAUUCGUAACUUAAAUAUUUGAUCUAUAGGUCGGUUGCUACAUACAAUAGCAUUGUAUAUAUUUAAGAACUCUGAUCUAUAUUCAUGUUUCUCAAGCCAAUAGAAGCUCAUGUUUCUCUACCAUAGCCGGAGUAUGUAUAUGAGUUUUCAACUGAUUCACACGCUGAAACACAUCAUCCCGAACUUCCGACCCAGCCCGAGACCCUAAAUGACUGAUUGACGGUCGGAAUGCCUAGCAGAGCUGAUGAGAACACUGGUGCUGUGACUGCUGUCCUCAGUUAUGUCGAGUCCACUAAAACAGUGCAUGUUGUUUUGAUCUAAAUAUCAGCCAGCCUUGAUAUUCUCACUGAUUUCUGUGCCAUGUUCUGCGUAUAGAGACGAAAGGAUCAAGUUGCUUAUCAUUUCAUUAAUGCAGAUAAGCUGGUCGGUUUUACCUUAGCUUCCAGUGACGGGAAGACAUUCCAAAACUGUAAGGUUUCAUCUCCUGCUCAUAUUUCAAUCGUUUGUCCGUUAGGUGAUACUGCAAAGUACAAACCUCGGUAUGUGUGACCUGUCAGAGCUGCAUUCUUAAUCACAAAGAAAGAUAUAGGUUUAAUUAACCACAUAAUUUGACAAAGGUCAGAGAGAAUUAUUACUUUGGAGUAAGUUAGGUAUUUCUAUACUUUUAUUUGGUUUUGAGAGAAUCCGUGCGUGCUAAACAGCUUCUUACGUUCUUUGACCAAGCUAGAUUGCAUACCUGUCAUAUGCAAGAACAAAGAGGGUUAUGACAUUUCAUUAUGUAAUGUGAAAUCAUGGCAAAACUAAUAAGAAAUUUACUUGACUGUAACUAUCUAUAAAACCUAAAUGAGUAUUAGUUGUAUUUCGAAAACAUAUGAAUCUAUCAUGAGCCCCACCACAUCAGCAAGAAGCUCGUUAACAUAAGGAUACCAAGCAAUGGCUUUAGAAGCACGCACCAAACUAAAAAAAGCUUGGGUUACUUUAAGAUUCAAAAACUACUGUGCACAUCGUUGUAAAGGAUAUUCAAACUUUUAAACCAAAAUAUGUAUUCAUCCACAGUAUAAUAUGUAAUAUGCACAAACCAGACGCAAGGAUUGAAAAUAAAUUUGAUCAUUCAUAUCACUCAUUCAUAAGUUUUUUAUUUUUUAUGUUGUCACUCCAACCACAAUGUUGCUCACCUGAAAUAUAUGUGUAUUUUGGUCACUUUGAAACGUUAGGGGAAGUGAAAGAUCUCUGGUAAUUUGUCGGGCAAGAAGACGGAGAGGAAACCUGACAAAGAGAAAACCUAGAUAUUGGUGUUGCUUUCCAUUUUGUUUAAGUCCAUCCGCAAUCAAAAUAAUGUUUACAAAGCCCAUCCGCAAUCAAAGCCUAGUCCAUGCAAAGUGAACAAAACACAGAUUUGGCUUGCGUGUUGAGAGUGCCACGUGUCCAAAAACGUCCCUUCCUUCCCGAUGAUGUGGCAGCCUGUGGAGAGAGACAAGACAACUUUAUUGUUAUAGAUUUACCAGUAAAAAGAAGCUAGUUACACAGACUGGUAUUUUGGGUUAGGUUUUGAGUAAAUCAGACAUAAAGAAAAUGUAUCUAUAUAGGAUUUGAUAGACUUUCCGUUCAGAUUCGAAUCAAUUGCCACCGGUUUUGGGUCAGUUCGGUUGCCACCAGUUCGGGGUCAGUUUGGUUAUUGAUGUUUGGAACCGUUUAGAACCUGAAAAACAGGUUACAUUCAGUUUAGGUAACAUAGUCCUCGUUCAGACCUGAUGACAUUAUAAAUACCAAAAAUCAAUGAAGUAUUCGAAAUUGAACCAGAAUAACCAACAUAAAACUUACUCAUUCAUCGAAAAUGUAAUACAAAAACACACAGAAUAUGAACAUAGUUUGUCAAACAUACAAAUGAGAGUUAAACACACAAAAACUUAAGUCAUAACAAAAAUGAGAGGGCAAACACAGAAACAUAGUUAAUUAAAAAUAAACAAAAUGCUUGAUAAAGAAAGUACUUAAACUCUUAUCGUCUUGUACACAGAAUGACCAUGACCAAAUCGUUUAUAUCCAAAACCGAGCUGAAAGGUCCAUUUUAGGUCGGAUCGAGUCAGGGUAUUCGGUUCCAGAUAAAAACAACAUGUUUGUUAGUGACCAUAUUAAAUGUUAUUAUCGCUUGGAUGAGACUGUCUUGUGUGAAUGCUAGUUGAUCAGUACUUAGAAGUUAGUACUUAGAAGUUUGAUUAAAUAGGAUGCUGAAAGCCAAUUUCAAUUUCAACAUAAUAACAAAAAAAAUCUUUUAAAACAUGGAUAUAUGCAUAAAGAGAUUCAUUAAAAAUAUGAAGUACCGGUUAUGUAAAAGCCUCCAUCCCGUGAUUGGACUGAUUGUUUAUUAAUAUUUCUAUACUAUGAAGUCUGAAUUUUGAAACUGAAAAGAUGAAUUUUACAUAUUAGUGAAGAAAAUAUUAUGUGGGAUUUUCAUCAUGAUGCAAAGAGUAUAGUCAAACGCAAAUAUCAUAAAAAAGUUUAGGAUGGUGGAAUCAAUCAUGAAUCUUUGGCAAGUACAAUUAAUGGCAGUAAUAUCGUACAUAUAAUAUUUUUCAUAAUUUAUAAUAACAUAGUUAAUCAUUGUUAAAAAAAGGUUAUUGGUUUAUGCAUUUUAAUGGAUAUAAAAAUCUCAAAGAAAUCUGAUGUUAUUUAGCAUAUAAUUUUAAAACCAUGUUGAAAUCAUUUUUUAUUAUAUAUGAUUUAUAAAACUUAAAUUAGAUAAUGUGUUAUUAAAUAUAUGAUUUAUUAAUUAUAAUUUUAAUAAUUUGUUAUUUAAUCAUAUAUAUUUACUAAUAUUAAUUUUUAAUAUUAUUUUUAUUUAAUCAAAUAUAUUUACUAAUUUGAAUUUUAAUCAUUUUUUAUUUAAUCAUAUAUAUUUACUAAUAAAUUUGAUGGAUUUGAAAGAAUUUCUUUAUUAAAUAUAUAAAGACUAAAAUACAAAGAAAAACUCCCAAAUUUGUAAAUACCAAUUAAAAUAGACAUUCUAGAUAUAAAAAUCAAUAAGUUUUCAUUAGACUUAUAAUUUCCAUAAGAAUCAGCAUACCUAAACAAAAAAAGUUUAGACUUUUAAGCGUCGAUAAUGGAUUUGAUGCGGUUCACGGCAUCGUCAAGCCUCUCUUGAGCACACACCACAACAUAUUAUAACCUAUAACCGUAGACUCUCUGUGAGGCCAAUAAGCAGCUCCUGCAAGGUGAAGGCUAUGCAAAAGGUCGCUCUCCGCUACAGGAUAUAGUAACCAUGAUGUCGAAUUUUACACCACUCUCCUUAGUGGAUUGGUAGCACCCACAAUUUAUUCUCCACAUCAACUCUCACUUCUGUUCCCUAUGAGGUGUUCUCCAGAGUUGAAACAUACACUCUCUCCUGUUCAGCAGACUGGACAUUUAAAAGGCGUUUUUCUCCCUCCCAAAAUAUAAGGCUCCUGGCCAGGAUGGUUAUCCGGAGAGUCUACUAAUAAUUAGGAAGCUAUAGGGAAUGAUAUGAUUGAUGGUGUUCUUGAAUUUUUUAAAGGAAAAAUUAUCUGUCAAUGGAAUGCAAAGAUCCUCACUCUUGUUUUGAAGAAAUCUAGUGCUUCAAGGAUCACACACUUCCGGCCAGUAUCAUGUUGUAACUCAUAUAUAAAAUUGCCUCAAAAGGUCCUUGCAAACAGGCUUAAGAGUGCGAUUCUGACGGUGAUCUCUCAUGGCCAGUCAGCUUUUAUAUCGAGAAGAACACUUGUGGAAAUUUUCCUAUUAGUCACAUAACUGGGGCAAGGCUAUAAAGGGAAGUCGAUACCAAAAUGUUGUAUGCUAAAUUUUGAUUUCAAGAAGUAUUUUGACAAGUUAAACUGGGAUUUUAUUAUGAAUAAGAUGGAAGCAAUGGAGUUCCCAGAGGGAUUCAGAAAUCUGAUCAGGAAGUGCACCACUACUGUGAGUUACUCGGUGGCAGUUAAUGGGAACUUUUCUGUUAUUUUCAUCGUACUUGUGAGCUGAGACAGGGUAAUCCGCUCUCUCCCUACCUCUUUGUGUUGUCUGUCAAAGUCUUUUCUCAGAUGCUAAGUGCCACCACGUGUGUGUGGAAGUCUCUAUUUGUUAUCACACCGACGCUAUAGAGCCUGCCAAAACCAUUUAGCAUUCGCUGAUGAUAUCAUGGUCUUCUCAGAUGGUGAGAAGAAGUCACUGGUAAGCAUCACUGGCAAAUUUGGUAAUUUCGCAGCAUCGUCCAGAUUGAGUACGAACAAAGACAAAACAUAACUAUUCCUGACGGGAAUGACCCAAAAUGAAACCUUAGACAUCUCGAGUCUUGGUUUCAAGUUCGGUUCACUCCAUGUUCGGUAUCACAUAUUCUAGUUGAUGCACCAGAACCGCUAUUGGACAAGAUUUCAGGAUGCUUCAAUUUAUGGUCUGCAAAAUCGCUCUCUUAUGCUGGCUGGUGUCAGAUUUUGUCAUCAGUAAUUUAUGAAAUGUUUAACUUAUGAGCAUCUUCUUUUAUCCUUCAUAAAGGCUGCAUUAAUAAGAUACAAUCACUGUGCACUAAAUUCAUGUGGGGACGACGUAUUGAUCAACGCUCAACAACAAGAAUCUCAUGAAAAACAGUUUGUCUUCCUAAAAUUGAAGGCGGCUUGGGUCUAAGGGACUUUGGUGUUUGGAGUAAAACAUUGUGUAUAAAACUGAUUUGGAUUCUUCUUGCAAAGACUGUUUUUUUUUGGGAUGAAUAGUUGUAAUCUUAUCAUUUGCAUAACAUAAAUUUCUGGAGCAUAACUGAGGACAAGCAAACUUUUUAGACGUUGCGGUCUCUGCUUCGUCUAAGACUACUCGCGGCUUAAUUUAUUUGUACUAGCUAGAGUAGGAACAUAUACAUCAACAAGCUUUUGGUGGGACCACUUGACUUCUAUGGCACCUCUCGUUCUGGCUUUCGGGAAAAUUGGACCUCAUGAUCUGAUGAACCAACUUUUGGCUUGGUCCCCGAUGUUUGUAAUGAUGGCUACUGUAUUGGGUUCGCUCCAGAGCUGUUGAAGAUCUGAAAAUGUACCUAACCAUGAUUCAUCUAUCUAUAUGCCACUCUUAACCUUAUCUUGUAUACUGAAACAUCAACAAUGAGACUGUCAAAACGUUUUCAACCUCUCAUACCUAGGAAGCUAUCAGACAUUGUGAGCCAAUAAAGCAAUAUACAUUCUUGGUUUGGUUCAAGGAAAGAGUAACCCGUCAUGCUUUCAAUUUCUGUGUUGCUAAUCUGGACAGACUUCUAACUAAGUUGAGACUUGUGACCUGGGAAUGAAUAUCUCGACACCUGCAUUCUCUACAACUCUGCAACAGAGAACAUGGACCAUCUUUUUCUUCUCUCAUCGACAGGUGAAGAAAUUUGGGUCCAUGUACUGCAAAUACUUGGAGGAUCAUCAUCAUAUGUUCCAUUCGUGGUCAGCUAUGCUGUAAUGGUUUUCUUUAAAGGGCCCAAGAACUAUCACUUUGCUGAAACGUUUAGCGCCUCAAGUGGCAAUAUACAACAUAUAUAUGGUUUAAACACAAUCAAAGAAUUCACAACAACAUGAUAAUUAACCCCAUCUGAUCUGAUUUUCAAAAUGAUCGACUGAAGCAUCCGUGAUGUUAUCCUUAGUAAGAGUCACAACUCUAAUUUUUGGAAAGCAAUGCAGUUGUGGCUUACGAAUAAAAUGAUUGUUCUUUAUUGCAUUCUUCUAUUUCUUGGCUUAGCUUUUAUACUCUUAUCCAGGUAUUACAUAUGAUACAAAAACUAAGCUAGCGAGAUAUCAAAUUCCUAGAAACUUAAAGCCAUCAGUACACAAGAUCAUACUCUGGAGACUAGCCGGCUUAAUUGAACAAAUUCUCCGGAAGCUUAAACAAAACAUAAUUAACAAAACUUAAAAGAGAACCCAAUAACAAAAAUUAGGUUAAAUUUAUAAGACACCAAUAUCUAUAAGCACAUCUUUCCUCAUCCAGUAAAUCCGCCACAAGAAGCAAACAACAACACACAUGCUGAUCAAACAGAUUUAGAACCGUGAGACAAAAACGGAAGAAAUGAGAUACGGACAGAGGCAAAAAAAUAAAUUUUCAGAUCUAGAUCUAUAUCUACAAUCAUAUAAGCUUCAAACUUGAAUAAGAUGCAUAAAUACUAAAAUGAGAAUAAAAUAAAUAAAGUCGACCAACGGUGACUUGGAUAGCCGGAACCGUUAGCCGGAAACGCGAUUUAGAUUAGAAUUAAGUUAGAGAAAAGACUGAAGAAUUCUUAAAGAGAAAAAUAAAUGUAGCUCUUUAUUAGGCCUACUCUUUAUCUUUUUGUAAAAUCUAUUUCUAGUUUGAUCUGCUUAUUUUGUAAAAUUUUACAAACCAUUAUCAUUUUAUAUGAAAUUCAACUUCUUGGAAAAUAAGUUUAGCUUAUUUUGACGAAGUAAAAUAUGAAGAAAAAAACUUGUGUAGAGAGUUUUGGUUUCUUUGGCUUGGUUUAAAACAUAUUUGACAUAAAAUAAAGAUAAUUUACAGGCCGACAGGUGUAGCUUUCAAAGUAUUAUAUUAGUUUUGAAAUAUCAUGGUGUAGACAUAGAAGGCAUCAAGUUGAUCUAAAUAUUAAUAGUUUGUUGUUUUAAAUACUAACGCUGCAUUUAUUUAAGGUAAAACAUAUUAGAAUUCAAAAUGCUUAUGUAUAGGCUUACAUCAUCCAAAAUAUUUGGACCCCCGACGAGAAAUUACUAAAAAUAUCAUAUUAAUAGUAUCAUUUUUCAUAUUUAAACUAAUUAUUUUAUCUUCGCUUUAACGUAAAGCAAAAAAUAUUUAUAAUUCUAGAAUUAACUAAUAUAGAUUUAAAGUUUAGAAUUGAAUGGUCAAACAGAGUUUUUGGAAUGUAAAAUUUAGGAUUCUAAUAAAUAUAUAAAUAAAAUUUAAAAAAUAUAUAUUUUUUUAAAAAAAUAGUUUCAAAAAUAUUUUUUAUUAAUUUUAAAUAAUUAUUUAUUAUAUAUAUAGAGAACAAAAGUAUAAGGAAAAAAAUAUUUUUGAAAAUAUCUCUUAUUGAUGAUAACAUGAAUAAUGAUAUCAAAAAAAUAAUAAACAUGAAAAUUUCCCCCAAGUCAUCCUCUACGUGAUUCCACGAGCCGCGAACAAUUUCUUCAAGCUGAGUCGUCUUUCAAUGUAUAAAUAAUAUUCUCGUUUUUGUACAUCUCACUGGAUUCUUAAUUUCUUAUACAAAUAUCUCCUUUAGUUUGUCUGUUUAUAAUACAUGUGCGUAUAUUUGCCCUAAUUGUAAAUUUAGUUUUUUUUUUCUUUUCAGGUAAAACAUAAAAAUUACUAGUAUAUAUUUUUUUUGUAAAUUCAUGGAUUUCAGACAAUUUCUUGAAAAUAAAUUAUCUCUAUGCAUAUCAUUAUUUUUUGACAUAAAUUUUUUUAAUACAUUUUUAAACAUAGUUUUUGUUUUUGUUUUUUUUUUGGAAACACUAAAAAACAUAGUUUUUGUUUACUCGAUAAAUAUUUUUUACUAAUAAACGAAUGUUCAGUUCAGAUCAUGAAAAUGGUAGUGGUGUAUUCAAAAAUAUAAUACGGCAUAUUAAAAUUUUAAGUUUAAUGUAUGUAGAUUAAUAUAGAAAAAUUCAAAACAAAACAUCAUUUAUUAGCUACACAAAAGGUAUUGAAACAAUUAUAAAGACUAAGACCAUCUUCCCUACUUUACUUUAUUUUUUUCUCUAAAACAGAGUAAACCUAUAGUAGAGUUGGAUGUUGCUCCAAUGGUACUCUAUUUUAAAGUGAAAAAUAAAGUGAUGAACAAAAAAUAAAAAAAAUUACUUUAUAUAUAGAGUAAAAAAUAGGUUUACACUAUUAUAUAGUAGAAAAUAUAGUAUCAUUGAAACUUUUUUACUCUAAAUUCUAUUUUAGAAGAGAAAAUAAAAUGAGGUUGGAGAUGCCCUAAAGCAUACUGAAGAUCAUAAAUUGUCAUAAAUAUUAAAAACAUGUUAGUAAAUUGUAAAUUAAAAAUGUUAUCUAAAUCGAAACAUUUUUAUGCCACACAUAUUUUUGUGAAUCAAAGAAAUUAUAUACUUUUCUUAUAGAAAAAUAUUUUUUUUAAAAGAAAAAUACCGAUAAUUAAAAAGUGUAUUUUACAAAAUUUAACUAGUUUUUGUCUAAAAGUACCUGCCCCUGAUAUGACCUUAUCAAAUGAGAUAUGAGUGAGGUAUAUGCUUAUAAAAAAUGUGAUUCCUCAUUAUAGUACCUAUUACGUCGACGUAUAACAUUUCAAAAAUCUUAUAAUUUCUUAACUUCAAUUUGACAACAGAGAUUUAUUUGAUUAUUUUGUCGGUCAAUAUAAUAUCUAUAUCUGUCUCUAUAUAUAGGUCAGUAAUAUUCAACCUAUAGUUCAGGACAUCCUCCACCUAAAUCCUCAACAGAAGAAAAAAGCUUUAAAAACUGUCUUUAGUCUAGCAAAAAUGCAUGCAUUGGGCCCUCCAUUAUUCCCAAACUGUGGAUGGGUGUCGAGAGGAGAGUAUGAGAGCUACAACCUCAUCGGAGAUAACCAUAAAAUCGGCACGUUUCUUGAUUUUCCGGUACCGAAGACGUAUGGAGUGGUUCAUCAUCAGACCAGCUUAGGGGUUUCUGUUUCGUCAGAGGGAAAUGGAAUAAAUAACAAUUCGGUCGUGAUCAAGAAGCUAAAUCACAAUGCUAAUGAGCGUAACCGUCGCAAGAAAACCAACUCUUUGUUCUCAUCUCUUCGUUCAUGUCUUCCAAGCUCAGAUGAGCCGAAGAAGCUAAGUAUUCCUCAGACGAUUUCGCGGAGCGUGCAGUACAUACCGGAGCUGCAAGAGGAAGUUAAGAAGCUGAUACAAAAGAAGGAGGACCUCUUGUUGCGAGAAUCGGGUCAAAGAGAACGUUACGCUAAGCCAGAACCAAAAGUGGCUGCUAGUUAUUUCUCCACCGUUUUUGCGACUAAGCUUAGAGAUAACGAAGUAAUGAUCCAAAUCUCAUCGUCCAACAUUCGUAAUUUUUCGAUAUAUAAUGUUUUGAGUGGACUAGAAAAAGAUGGGUUUGUUCUCGUUGAUGUUUCAUCUUCGAGUUCUCGAAGAGAACAACUCUUCUGCACCUUGCAUCUCCAAGUGGACAAGAUUGAUAAUUACAAGCUAAUUUGUGAAGAGCUAAGUCAAAGGAUCUUGUACUUGUAUGAGGAAUGUUGAAACUAGUUUAAAUAAGAGAGAUUUGUUCUUAUUUCGUUUGAACUGUGUCGUCCAUUCUAUAGAUAAUAUGUCAUUCUUGACUAAAGCCUUGUCUACUUCUAGUCGAGUUGCUUUCUGUUUUUUUUUCGGAGCCAGUGAUCGAUACUAAUAGACUGGCCACUACUUUGGUAUGACAGCUAUGAAAUCCAGUUUUUCAUAUACACUUGGAUUUAAUUGAUGUAAAUACUCUUCUGGUGCAAACUUCCUAAUCUUUUUUUUUUUGGAAACACUAAAUUCCUAAUCUAUUACUUCUACUUUUUCAUAUUUAUAUCUCAUUUGUAACAAAAGAUAUAUUUAUAUAUAACAAAAGAUAUAUAAAAAGAUUUAACUGAGUUUUGGUGUAUUAAUGUGAAAAGAAAAAAGUGUGUUCACAAGAUUCAGUGAACAAUUGACAAUUAAUAAAUGGUCCUGCUAUUUAAAGACUUAGUUUAAACAAUUAAAUAAAUGAUUAAUUGUUGUAGAUGGGCUUCCUUUGUUCAACAGAUCUCACCAUAUAUUAAGGUCGAUCCAAGAAAAAGGCAUGCCGACAUUUAAAAACAGAUCUCCCCUAUUUGAAUGAUUUAGUAAGAGGUAAAUUAUCAAGUAACCUAAAAAGGUAUAUAAACAAAGCUCGCCGUUAGAAGAAAGACGCACAAAAAUAGCCAAGAAGAAUGGUUUUCUUGCUUAGGUCUUAUGGAUUUCACAGUUCAAAAGGUCAAAAGAAUCUUCCCGACCUUCUUUUUUUUUUUUUAUCAACAGCAUCUUCUCAACCUUCUAACUGAAUCCGGAGACUAAGAACACUUUGUAAUAGUCGAACUUAAAAUCUAAAUAGAGUGUCCAAUUACAUCCACCAGCGAAUUCACAUUAUCCUCAGAUAAAUCGAAUUCUAUUGGAGAUAUAUAAGUAGAGAAGAACGCUUAAGA